UUGUCACUUAGCACUCUAACUUGAGUGGACGUCCGUUGCUCCGACGCGAGAAUUUUGAAAAGGAUUUCGAAAAAUGUUGUCCUCUUUGUCAUCAGGUGAAAGUGGAAAAGUGCAGAAGACGCAGCAGAUGGUUUAAUUGAGCACCACGGUUUACGGGAGCUAAGUGCUCCCAACGCCAUCUUUCUUCGGGUUGUGGAAACCACCCAACACUGAACCGGCAUCCUCCUACACAUUUUUGACGUUUUCCAAAGGCCUGGUUAAUUUCAUGGCAAAGUUCGUCUAACUCACGACAACGUCACAGUUCCGCGGAGCCUCAACAUGGACAAGGAACAAAUUAGCUUGCAGCUGAGGCAGGAACCGUCAUCGCCCUUGGCAUUGGGUGAUAAUACAACAGUAACAAAAGUAAACGUCGACGGGAUCUCUGCAACAGAAUCCAAGGAACCACUUUGUGCAGGAGUUCAGUCUGACAAUCCUGAUGGACUGUCAAGUCCUGUAGAGGUACUCAUCACUGAGAAGACUAUCCUGACCCACGACGACACAGUGGAAAUAAAAUCACCGAACUCAAUAAAGCGUCACAACGGUUUUGAGGAUUCCACCAAGUUUUUAGAGAAGAAGUUGAACGACGAGGACCAGGGCGAACCUGGAGAACGCAAGAAGAUGGCUUAUGAUGACGUUAUCUUACAUAUGGGGGAGUUUGGACGCUAUCAGCGUAGAAUAUACUUGCUGCUGUGUCUACCAGCAAUUUCUUGCGCCUUUCACAAGCUAGCUGGUGUGUUUCUUGGCGCCAAGAUGGAUUCCAGGUGUCUGCUGCCUUAUGAGAAUCCGGAAAACGUGACCUUUCUCCUACCGCCGGAGAUCAUUAACAUUAGCUACCCAUGGGAUGAAAAAAUGAAUGGUUGGUCCCAAUGCGAGAGAUGGAAGGAUGCCAAUCUGACUGACAUGAUCGUGGGACGUGAGCCAGUGCAAUGUGAGACAUACGUGUAUGACAGAAGAAGCUACAAAAGCACAACAACUUCUGAGUGGAAUUUGGUAUGCGACGAUGCGUGGCUGAGAGCUACGGGGGACUCGUUGUUCAUGGUAGGAGUCAUGCUUGGCUCGAUGAUUUUCGGUGGUUUGUCCGAUAGAUUUGGACGUAGACCAAUUUUCUUCCUGUCUUUAGUCAUUCAGCUGGUUGGCGGAAUUCUGGUCGCUGUCGCGCCCGAGUUUAUUUCCUACAUAAUCUUCAGGUUAAUUGUUGGCUCGACUACAAGCGGUGUCUUCUUGGUAGCCUACGUCAUCGCUUUGGAAAUGGUGGGUCCCAAGAAGCGUUUGGUUGCCGGUGUCGGCUGUCAAUUAUUCUUCACCACUGGGUAUAUUAUGACUGCUGGUUUCGCAUAUUUCAUCACUGACUGGAGAAUGCUUCAAAUUGCCAUUACUAUACCCAGUUUUGCAUUUCUACUAUACUGGUGGUUCAUUCCUGAGUCUGCACGUUGGCUAUUGACUAAAGGACGUCAUCAGGAAGCUAAGGAUAUAUUACAAAAAGCUUCUUUAGAGAAUGGCGUUGAAUUGCCUAGAGAUACACUGGAUGAUCUUCUGAGCAGUGAUAGCGAGAGCACGCCGGAUGUGAGGAAGCCAUCGUUAUUUGAUCUCUUUAGGUAUCCUAAUCUUCGGCGCAAAAGUAUUUUGCUGUUCUUCAAUUGGCUGGUCAAUAGUGGAACGUACUAUGGACUCUCAUGGAACUCAUCAAAUCUCGGUGGCAACGAGUACCUCAAUUUUGUAAUAUCCGGUCUGGUGGAGGUACCUGCUUAUACAUUCCUGAUAUUCACUCUUAACAGAUGGGGCAGGAAGGUCAUUCUCUGCGGAUGCAUGCUCAUGUCUGGUGUCGCUCUGCUUGCUACACUAUUUGUACCUCAAGAUAUGCCGUGGCUACUCGUGGGUUUGGCAAUGUUUGCCAAACUAGCCAUUACAUCCUCGUAUGGCGCUAUUUAUGUGUUCACUGCUGAACAGUAUCCCACUGUUAUCCGUAAUGUUGGACUUGGGGCCAGUUCGACAUUUGCCAGAAUUGGAGGAGUCAUCGCACCUUAUAUAAAUCAUUUGUCUGAAUUUUGGACACCGUUACCUCUUGUUAUCUUUGGCUCGUGUGCAUUCUUGGGCGGACUAAUGUCCUUGUUGCUACCGGAGACUCUGAAUAAAAAAUUACCGGAGUCUAUACAAGAUGGCGAGAAAUUCGGAAAGAAAGUGAAGAAGAAGAAACGAGACAUCGAGCAACUGAAUGACAUCGAGGCGAUAAAACCGCUAAAAACUCAAGAGAAUGGUGUCUACGAGAAACAAAAUGGAUGAUAAAGAAUCUCAUCAAAGUAACGCUUGGUUAUGUUCCGUUGGAAACUAGAGAAACUGAUGACGGCCUCGUGCCCGAACGAUAUACGAUUAAAAAUCGUUAACUCUUAAUUUCAUAUUGACGACGAAACUGUACUCAUAAUUUGGCAGGACAACUUUCUAUUGUAAAACGAGUACUAACGCAUGACGAUUUGGUAUUACUCUAUAAUUUAAUUAGCGAGAAAUUCGAUAUUACGCAAAAUUCGUUGAAAAAGACACGAAUUUGAAAAUUCAAGCUGAUCUGAUUCUGAAAUUGUCACAAAGAAAUUAUUACUUCACCUUGAUACAAAUUAAAUUUGGGGAGCUGCGCAACGCAACAGAAAAAAAUUGUAUUACCAAAUGAUUUCGUGAAUAAGUUUAAUCGCACAACCAAUAACAUCGUCUACCGUUUCCGUUGAUCGGUGUAGACGUGGCGAUGAGAUCAUUGAGGUCAGCAUAAAAAUUGGAAACGAUAAAUGAUUGUUUAUCGCAUUCCUAGUUCUCUUUCCAUUUCUCUUCUCAAUAUCUCGUCCCCUAUUUCAGUCCCUCUCUACAUACUUCAGUAUACGCAUACAUACUGCAUUGUAAGACAGACAAGAACGACAACUACGAAAAGAGAAAUCUAGAAGUAUAAAAAUCUGCACGAGAUACAGACGUAUUAAAAUAGAUUUAAUAUCUUGCUCUUUAAGACGCAUACUACUUAUUUGCAUGACUUGCGUAUAGUAUUAAUAAAUCGGGAGGACCAGAAUCGAGAAUCAGUAAUGUUCUCAUUCUACAUAAUGAAAGUCAAAGUUUAUAAAGAGCAGCUUAUAUAUUUUAGAUAGACGAAUCUAACGUUACCACCGCAAACGUUAUCCCCUUAUUAUAUCUAUUAUUUUUCCUAGAUUGAGUGUAAAUGCGACACCAAACCAGUUUUUGUAUACCUUUUGUGUACGAUAGAUAGGAGACAAUAUUUCUGAUGUUCUUUACAUUAUACACUGACUUCUAUAUGCAAAAUAUAAUUCAUGCUUUCCCAUGUA